UUUCCGUUAUGGGUUUUGAAUGUGUAAGUUGCAUGGCUGAGUGUAGAGGACAGAAAGCUCCCGGAUUUCAUCAAAAAUAUCUUCAUUCAUGUUCUGAAGAUGAACAAAGGUCAAAGAGGAGAGGAACGACACAAGGCAUUCCCAGAAUGCACUUAGAAGAGGUGAGUGGAUCAAGUUACGGCACAACAUUGGUAUAAUCACCAGAAAAACACCUGACAAGUGCUCAAGCUCCUCAUUCAGUCCCGGGCUCCUAUUAUCUGACCUGACGCUGCUGAAGCCACGGCUCGGGAAGAGUUAUGUGACCUCUUCCUGGUAAAGUCCACUGACACUGGAUCUAAACAGACAGCAGAUUGGGUUGGUUUGUUGAAAUGAAUGCUGGCCAGACAACUUCUGUUGUUCAGAUUGGUGCUGGAAGAUCUUGUUCCAGGGCUCAAUUUUUUUCUUUACUGAACACCUACAACUACUUUCUUAAAGACAAAGCCCACCUGCAUCUCGCUGUCCACGAGAAUGCAGGCAAAGUGACAUUUGAAGGCAUUCUUGUCAUUUCCUGGGGAGUCAAGAGACCCAUUCAGCUACAAAUACAAGAUGAGAAACCGAUUUUUACAAAUGAGUCUUCGGUCAAGUCACCAGACCCCAUCAGUCCACUUGGAAACAAAAGGGGUAUGACACGAUGGGGAGAGUUCGACGAUCUCCAUCAUAUUGAUGAACUAGAGGAGGCUGAAUCCACGGACCCUGAAGAUCCUCCUAAAGGCUACAUCGGUUACGAGAGCAAGACGUUAAGACCUUCCAGAUCUUUGCCGAUGGGUGAAGAAAGUUCAAAUCUGAUCCGUACCAUGAGUGAUGCCUCGCUGGUGAAGAUGAGGGUGAAGAGUAAAAAGACGGUAGAAUGUCAGAGGAACAGAAACCAUCGCUUCUCCAUCAACGGCCACUUCUACAACUACAAGACAUCUGUUUUCAUACCGUCAUUUGGCGCAACCACAAAUGUGCACAUUAGCAGCGAGAUGACAACACAAGAGGUCGUUACACAGCUGCUUCAGAAGUUUAAAAUAGAAAACAGUCCACAUGAAUUUGCCCUCUACUGCAUUCAUCAGAUUGGAGAGAAGCGACGGCUGAGCAGUUCAGACCUGCCACUGUGGGAGCGUCUUCUACAGGGACCAUCAACCAGCAUCAUGAAGAUGUUCCUCAUGGAUGCAGACGAACAGGAAAUCAGCCUUGAUGUAGCUCAGUACCUCAAUUUAGAGAUGCCCAUUCUGAAGGUAAUUCUGCAGAAGCUGGAGGAGCAAGAGAACCAAGAAGUACAAAGAAUAAUCGCAAAAUAUCAAAAGGAACGGAGUGUCUUGUUGCAAUGCUUGAUAAAAAAGAUGCCGGUUAAAACUGAGACAACUGUAUAAAUGAAGACUUGGCAACGGGAAACUGUUGUGACAUCAUCCACAGAGUAAACAGAGAACUGGAAACUGAGCCUUCAGGACGAGAAGCCAGAAUCAGGAUCGUGACAUCCUCAUAUAGGACUUUUUUGUUUGUUUUGUUUUUACAAUUAAGAUUGACUGUUAAGUUUGUGGUAAUGACGAUGUAUAUAAUGUAAAAUAGUUUUCACAUGAAUGUAAUGACACUAUUUAUCAAGUGAGGAAACCAAAUAAACUACUGAUAUUUGA